AUGGCCAUGGCCGAGGUCCCCUGCCUCUGCGCGCGCCCCUCCCUCGCCGUGCCCGCGCGCCGGCCGGGGACGGCGCCUCGCCCGCGCGGCGUCGCGCGGCCGUGCCCCAAUGCGGGGAUGGCAGUCGCGGCGGUCCGGGCCGCGGUGGUAACCGCGACGACGGCGGUCGAGGAGGACGAGGAGGAGCCGGCGCCGGCGGAGGAGAGGUACGCGCUCGGCGGCGCGUGCAGGGUGCUCGCCGGAACGCCCACACCGCUCGGCGCCACCGCGCUCGCCGGCGGGGUCAACUUCGCCGUCUACUCCGGCGCCGCCACCGCCGCAUCGCUCUGCCUCUUCGCGCCCGACGAUCUCAACGCGGAUAGGGUGACCGAGGAGGUGCUCCUCGACCCCGUGAUCAACCGGACGGGGGACGUCUGGCACGUCUUCGUCGAGGGCGAGCUGCACGACAUGCUCUACGGGUACAGGUUCGAUGGCACCUUCGCCCCUUUCUCCGGGCAGCACUUCGAUGCUUCCAACGUCGUGGUGGAUCCUUAUGCUAAGGCAGUGAUAAGCCGAGGGGAAUAUGGUGUUCCGGGGCCUGGUGGCGAUUGCUGGCCUCAGAUGGCUGGCAUGAUCCCUCCCCCGUAUAGCACGUUUGAUUGGCAAGGCGACCUACCUCUAAGGUAUCCUCAGGAGGACCUUGUAAUCUAUGAGAUGCACUUACGUGGAUUCACGAAGCAUGAUUCAAGCAAUGUACAACAUCCUGGUACUUUCAUUGGGGCUGUGGCCAAGCUUGACUAUUUGAAGGAGCUUGGAGUUAAUUGUGUAGAGUUGAUGCCUUGCCAUGAGUUCAACGAGCUGGAGUACUCCACCUCCUCGUCCAAGGUGAACUUUUGGGGAUAUUCUACCACAAACUUCUUUUCACCAAUGACGAGAUACACUUCAGGCGGGAUAAAAAACUGUGGCCGUGAUGCCAUAAAUGAGUUCAAAACUUUUGUUAGAGAGGCUCAUAAACGGGGAAUUGAGGUGAUUUUGGAUGUUGUCUUCAACCAUACAGCGGAGGGUAAUGAGAAUGGUCCAAUAUUAUCAUUUAGAGGCAUUGAUAAUAGCACAUACUAUAUGCUUGCACCCAAGGGAGAGUUCUAUAACUAUUCAGGCUGUGGGAAUACCUUCAACUGUAACCAUCCCGUUGUCCGUGAAUUCAUUGUAGAUUGUUUGAGAUACUGGGUAACCGAAAUGCAUGUUGAUGGUUUUCGUUUUGAUCUUGCAUCCAUAAUGACCAGAGGUUCCAGUCUGUGGGAUCCAAUUAAUGUGUAUGGAGCUCCGAUAGAAGAUGACAUGAUUACAACAGGGACACCUCUUGUUACUCCACCACUUAUUGACAUGAUCAGCAAUGACCCAAUUCUCGGAGGUGUCAAGCUCAUUGCUGAAGCAUGGGAUGCAGGAGGUCUUUAUCAAGUAGGUCAAUUUCCUCACUGGAAUGUUUGGUCAGAGUGGAAUGGGAAGUACCGGGACAUCGUGCGCCAAUUUAUUAAAGGGACAGAUGGGUUUUCUGGUGGUUUUGCCGAAUGUCUUUGUGGAAGUCCACACCUAUACCAGGCAGGAGGAAGGAAACCUUGGCACAGUAUCAACUUUGUAUGUGCACAUGAUGGGUUUACACUGGCUGAUUUGGUAACAUAUAACAACAAAUACAAUUUAUCAAAUGGGGAGAACAACAAAGAUGGAGAAAAUCACAAUCUUAGCUGGAAUUGUGGGGAGGAAGGAGAAUUCGCAAGAUUGCCGGUCAAAACAUUGAGGAAGAGGCAAAUGCGCAAUUUCUUUGUUUGUCUCAUGGUUUCUCAAGGAGUUCCAAUGUUCUACAUGGGGGAUGAAUAUGGCCAUACAAAGAGCGGCAACAACAAUACAUACUGUCAUGAUAAUUAUGUCAAUUAUUUCCGCUGGGAUAAAAAGGAACAAUCCUCUGACUUGCACCGAUUCUGUUGCCUCAUGACCAAAUUCCGCAAAGAGUGCGAGAGUCUUGGCCUCGAGGAUUUUCCAACGGCUGAGCGGUUGCAGUGGCAUGGUCAUCACCCUGGGAAGCCUGACUGGUCUGAGAAAAGCCGUUUCGUUGCCUUCUCCAUGAAAGAUGAAACGAAAGGUGAGAUCUACGUGGCCUUCAACACCAGCCACUUGCCGGCCAUUGUUGAGCUCCCGGAGCGCAUAGGCCACCGGUGGGAACCGGUGGUGGACACAGGCAAGCCAGCGCCAUACGACUUCCUCAGCGAUGACUUACCUGACCGCGCUUCCACUGUAUACCAGUUCUCUCAUUUCCUCAACUCCAAUCUCUACCCCAUGCUCAGCUACUCCUCGGUCAUCCUUGUAUCGUGCCCUGAUGUUUGAAAGACCAAUGGACAGUAAAUAGUAGGAGUAUAUAUGUAGGCCUUUCAUGUAUCACCAGAGUGUGCAAAUGAUCUAUUCCCAGUAACCUAAUCGAUCCAUGGAUACAUGUGCAAAUUGCAAA